AUGCCCGGUGUCAUCAUGGAUCACGCCGGUGUUGAUGGAUCUUUGCGGCAGUCUGGCUUCAAUGAGGCGACAAAUGGCGCACGGAGCCACGACAAAUCCUAUCAACUUCCUGCUUCCAUCAACGGGCCGGUCCAUGUGAAUGGGAUGGGGGGAGACGUUGGCGCUUUGAAUCAAUCUUCCAAAAUGUCAGCCCAAGACAUGGGACUUCCCAGGCCAACACCUUUUGAGUUGCCACAUAUCACACAGGGGUUUUUCCCAUUCCGUACACUUGUGAACCGAGCAGCGCAACAAUGCUGGAUUGAUCUUUCAGAGUUGGUGACGGAACUGUCUACAAUGUCAGUCUCCUCUGAAUCAUCUACUCUUCCAGCAGCAAAUGGAAAGCCCCUAGGGAACCAAUCUGUGGAAAAUGUGAACAAGAAAGUGCGAAUCUUAGAUUUUGCACAUGCCAAGAGGGCCGAAUUCAUCAAGCUCUUGGUUCUCUCGCAAUGGAGUCGCCAGGCCGCAGAAGUCAGUAGGCUCAUUGAUAUUCAAGGCUUCAUUCGCACUCGACAUCAAGCAUAUACCUCCGCGGUACAAUAUGUGGGCGAGAUGAAACGGGAUCUCGUUCGAGCACAGGUAGCCAAUCCGGAUCUUAAAACUGCCUUGGAAAUCCUUUCGAAGGGCCGGGUAGCAACCCUUCCAGAUCUUGGCUAUAAACCCCCUAAACCCUUGAAUGCAAAGGCGACGCUGAAAAAACUACACAAAAUUAAUCGUAUCAUCAGUGUACGGUUAGCGUUACAUGACCAAGUACCGCCCUCCUUACGGAAUUAUCGUGUCCAUGAUGGUCGCGUUACAUUCACUGUACCUGGAGAAUUCGAACUUGAUCUUUCGGUUGCAGAAGAAUCCAAUACAUCUCAAUUCUUUUUCGUGGAUAUUCGAUUCCUUUUCUCGCCGUCAUCCCCUAUUCCAAAGGGGAGGAUUUUUGACCAGCUCGAUGCUAAAAUCAACGAAAUCCUUCAUAUCGAUGGUCUGAUAGGUUGCUUUGAUUUUCUUCACGGCCUGGUCUUGACCAACAAAAUCAAUACACUUUUUAAACAGGCCGCAGACCUUGCUCGAGGUCUAUGGUCGGACGCCUUGCGUAUCGAACUCCUUCAUCGAACACUGGUUGUCCAGUAUUGGCCAGCAAGAGUUGGGCCAAAGAGUUGGUUGGAGAUCGGUAUUCAAAGAGGCGUGCGAAAGAAUGCUGUCAAUGAUUGUGGCAAAGAAGUCCCUCGAAUUGGGCUUCGCUGGAUGCGGGAUGGUCAACAUGCAAACAGUAACGCUAUUCAAUUUGAUUCCAACGACCUUUCUAUGGAACGCCUUCUGCGGAGCAUUAUCGCUCUACACACAUCGCAUCUGCUGUCUACCGCUUAUGCUACCCUGAACAAGAGUCUUCUUUACUUUAAUCAUGUCCUUUCACUACGGGCCCAAUUAUCUUCCACGGAACCUGGCGAAUGUUUCCUCGAUGCUCAGCUAACAUUUUCUCGGUCUCUUCGGGUCUCCAUAGAACCUUUGUCAGGGGCGAUCACUCUGUCUAGUGCAUCAGUGACUUCAGAACGCCCUGAGCCUGAGCGAAGUGCAAAUAAGUCAGCGAUUGAAGAGCUUCUGUCUCGUGUGUCCCGUCUGCGAUGUGCCACUGCAAUUGAGGAAGUCGAAAUUGGCACCAAAUCUCUCGGUCUAGAGACUAUUGGUCAACGAAGCCUGGGGCUUGACAUCCGUCGCCUGUUUCCCUCAAAUACGAUGCGUUCUGCAUUCUUCACGCAUCCCCUUUGGGAUCGUCGUUGGGCCGUUGCGGCUACGAGUAGUAUGGAUGGCGAUGGCUGGUGGUUGGUUCAACUUCGGUCUACGGAGUCCAACAUCACCUUGCCCGCUCAUCGCGUCAGUACUACUCUGAUUUCCACACAGCGAGGAUUCGACUACUUGGCGUGUGCAGAAUCAUUGCAUGGUCUGACGGGCAUGCUGUCAAUUUAUGCUAAUGCUCGGUUUUUGGCAGAAAUGCCCGACCUGCAAUUCUAUCCAUCCCUGGACCAGUUGCAGCUCGGUGCAAAUCUUCAGGUGCCGGACCUAAUUUUCCGCUACAAGCCAUCUGCACUUCCCUCGUCUCUUCGAAUAUCAUUGCCUGCGGGGAUAGAGCAUGGCUCCUAUCUACAAGAUACAGUACGUCUCUCCUUCCAUGGAGUGGAUCAUCAAAACAAGUCAGCUGUUCUUGUGGCCCAUUGUAGUCUUCGAUACCGUGUUAAGUCUCUUCUUUCUCUGGUAUCCAAGACAGAUUCUUCGCUUCUCAUGCAAGACAAAGGUUGCGGGUUUGCACUCCGCAUGGUCGUCCCAGCUGGGAAGUGCAUCAUGAUUGGCCUGUUUGAACGUUUGCAACGGUUUGAUUGUGUUCUCUCAAUCCUCCAGUCCUUGGUGAAGCAAGGAAUGGAAGUCCGGUCAUUAUCUCUCUCCCAGGUUGCAUUUCUGUACGGUCCCGGGCAGAAGUUCGCUGCCCGGUUCGACAUUGAUGUUUCAGAACAUUCUCUCUGCGAUUUCAUUGAUGCCUCACAUGGUCUGUCAAACGCCGAUCCUUUAUUCCGCCGACACCUGAAGAUCUCUUUCGAUAGUCCCAGUCCGCAUCGUCGCAUUCAGGAACCACUGACCGUGGUCUUGAAUCAUCGGUUCUCAGAAACCGGUGUGGACUCUAUCCUUGGAUUCAUGUCCGAUACUUUCCCGCUUUUGCAGUGUUUGGAUCAAAUUACCAAGACUGCUCCAACGGAGUCUUCAAUUGUACAUGUCACUGCACGCAGUCCUAUGGUUCUUCAAUUCCAUUACCCUCGAUUGAACUACCGAUUUCGCUUAUCUGCACGACCGCGGCUGGGUCGCAUUGUGUGGUUACUUGAAGAUUCUAAUCGAUCAGAGUCGCUCGAAGGCAGUCACUCCUCAAACAUUGUUAGAGACAAGAUCUACAACUCAAAGGGCGACGGCUGGCAAGGAUUGGGUGAUGGUGCCAUAUCCUCCCUCGAGAAAAUCGGCAACCUUCUUUUCGAGCUCCAUUCGUCCCUCGGCGCAUGCGUUCCCGAGCCUAAUAUUCAGGGAACUGAAAAGAAAACCGAGCAGGAUAGCACAGCCGAGCUACAUCCAGAAGCAGGCCCUAUCAUGAAUACUGCCAUGCUAGAAACAACAUCAGCUGAAAGAACAGAUAUCCUAGGCAAUGCCGAUGUCAUUACAAUCGACUAA